AUGCUCAGACAGGGCUCCAUGAUCCGCGUUCAUGUGAUACCUCUGAAUGGACAAGACCCUCAGAUCUGGCCCUCUACUAUGUUUGAAAAGCAGCAGAACUUGAUAUACCCAAAGGGCAUUACGCCAAACCAUAUGGAUAACGAAUGGGUGAAGAGGACCAUCGAAAAGAAGGAAGAACGGGACAACAAGGGAAAGCCCAAGUUCUGGGUCAAGCUGGAACAUAAAUUUUCACAUUGCGUCUUGCGAUGGAAAGAGAUAUCUUGGGAGGAGCUCGCUACACAAGUCACUCAGGACGCCGCGACUGCUCAUGCGGCACGGCUGGCCGCCACCUGCGCCAAGAGCGGCCGCAUUUCAAGAAACUCCGGCAGCGAGGGAGAAAUCCUUCCAUCCGACAAUGUUACUCCUUAUAUUGACUCCCCGGCGCCAUCGCCAGUUACCCGAGUCGAAUUGAGACCGUCAAUGAUUCUCUCCUGCGGCAAAAGCCUCGACUCUCCUCUGCAUACUGGUCUCCUUCCCUCGGGAAGAAUCCUCGAACCUUCAGCGCCCGUCGUCAUGAACGAUAAGGGUGAUGGUACAAGAAGGAUGGUGAUGAUCCGGAAACAGAUUGACAAGUGGAAGGAAGUGCUCGAGGAGUUCCCGCAAACGAAGAUGGAUUGUAUGAGACAUGUGGACAGGUUGGAAAAGGAGAUGGCAGACAUGAGGGAUAGAUGUUCGGAGAUCUGGUAG